AGAUUUGUUUAUCUCUUUCUAAUUUAUUUCCUGAAUAAGUAGGGUACAAUUUAGUUAUAUCUUAAUAAAUUAUCUUUUAGAAUUAGAUGUAUUAAUUGACAAGUUAAAUUGAUGAAAGGUUCGUAUCCAACGAACUGUAAUGGUUGGAUACCAACUGUUAUCGAACCAUAACAAGAUAUCGUCCACUAAGUCCACUUCCGUUUCCUCCUGCGCCAUACCAUGUCCCAAACUCUACUUUCGUACCGGCGUACAUGGCGAAAUGUUCGUGUCGUAGCGGUUUCGAAGCGACCGUGUCGAUUCUAUGAGGAGAGUCUGUCCCACCUUUUCCCUCGAAGUUGGUCGUUGUGCACUCGGUGACCAGCUGCAAAACACAUCGUCGAGAGACCCAACUCAAACGUUUUCAGUACGGCGUUCCGGGCAGAGAGAUUGUUGCGUUGUGCGCGCUACUUAGCUCUUCGUCGUGCGGUUUUUUUUUGUGCGUUCAAAAUUGUUUCUGUCGAAAUUGAAAAAAAUUAAUAAAACAAGUAAAAAAUGACGGAAACAGUUGUUACCGUUGAAAAUGCGCCCAAUAAUAAUACAGCUAAACCAAACGAAGGAAACGGAUUGAGUUUUAUCAAACUCAAUGUGGAAUAUUUUAAAACUUUACCUGGAAUAAUUAAAAUCAUCGAAUUGAUAUUGGGUAUUAUCUGUAUGUCGUGUGCAUCACCCGCUUACUUAUCGGGUACUCAUUGGUUCCUCUUUGCCGUCACCAUCAGCUUUAUAAGCACGCUAAUAUGGUCCUUUGUUUAUUUGUUAAGUAUAAGAGAGGCGUUGAAUCUUCCGAUUGACUGGUUGUUAUCGGAAAUGGGAAUAACCGGAUUAUUUACGGUGUUUUAUUUGCUUGCAUUUGUGGUUCAAAUUUCAAUUUGGAGCACUAAUGAACUUGUGGAGUUGUUACACUUGCCAAAAGUGAAAAAUAUCAUUGCCGGUGUUAUUGCAAUUUUAAACACGGCUGUGUAUAUAUUCGGUACGAUAUUAUUGUAUAAAGAAUGGAAACUGAAAAGAUCAACAGAUAAUGGACCAACAAGGGGGUAUUAAAAUAAAUUAUUAUUUUUUUUAAUUUUCUUUACGAAAAAUGUUAUUAUUUAUUAUCCAUGUAAUGUAAUUUCGCAUACAUAAUAAUUUUAUCACUUUUUAUGAAAUAUUCAACACAGUUGUUAAUUCUUUUUUGUUAUAGUUUCGUAUGUUGAUAAUUUAUAAAAAAUUAACCAAAUAAAAAAUAAUUAAUUAAACUUUAGCUUUGUGUAUUAGCCUUUAACAAUAACUGACGCUUCCUGGAGAGAUUAUUUCUAGCGCUAACAUAAUGGACUAUACCAACAGUUACACAUCAAAUUUUUGGACACAACUGUAUCUUAAAAAUCUUUAAUUCCUGAGAGCACAAUCUACAAUAACAGCAUGAAAGGGUCUUUGGGUAAAAUAUUAUUAACACUUUAUUCGUGUAAUGACAAUAAACCACUAUUUUGUGGUUUACUGUUUAUCAUUUAUAAAUAAAGUGUAGAUAGUAACUAUCUACAACUGUUGUAGUUCACAUUAAUAACAAAAAUAUUAAAAACUUUUACAACGUACUAUAACAUGUUGCUUUUUCUAUUAAGUUGUUUCAAAUUUGGUGAUUUCAAAAUGAGAUUCUCAAUAGCAAUAGAAGUAAUGUAGAUGCAUAUAGGUCAAACUAUGUUUGUCUCAUAACCUAUAAUAGUACGUUGUAUAAGUUAUUUUAGAUAACCUAUAUUCGUAAUAUCCAAAUUCGGCCUCUAACUUUUUAAGUAGUUGUUGCGUUGACUGUCUACUGAGAAAUAUUUAAAAUAUUUCUUCCCAUUCUAGGAACAUAGCGUCAGCCAACCACAGAGUCAAGCAGACUGUGAUUAAUCAAUGGGGCAAUAACCAAAUUUGAAUAUUACGAAUAGUGUCGAAAUAAUUAUUUUCUAUACUGCCAUUACUAACAAUAAUUAUUUAAAAAAAACUUUUAGUUCACAUCAUUACGUUGUUCAUCGAUAAAAAUAGUUUAAAUGUUUUUCUA